UGAAAACAUGGCGCCAGCCGGCCAGCGAUUUGUGCUGUUUGAGGAGACGAUUCGGGAGAAAAUUGGCCUGGCUCCUCACCGCGACCUGGCUGAGCUUCGAUCAUUAUCUAUUCCUGGAACUUACCAAGAAAAAAUCACUCAUCUGGGCAGCUCGCUGAUGAAUCUGACUGGUCUCAGAUCCUUAGAUCUCUCACGCAACUCCUUGGUCAGUCUGGAGGGCAUCCAGUACCUGGUGGCUUUGGAAAGCCUCAAUCUCUACUACAACUGCAUCUCCUCUCUAGCCGAGGUGUUCCGGCUACACCCCUUGACCAAGCUGGCAGAGGUGGACUUUCGGCUGAAUCCAGUGGUGAAGAACGAGUCUGACUACCGACUAUUCGUGGUGCACCUGCUGCCAAAGCUCAGACAGCUGGAUGACCGCCCUGUGCGUGAGAGUGAGCGGAAGUCAUCCUGGCUGCAUUUCACUGCAGAAGAACCUCUGGACUCGAAGAAGAGUGUCCCUAUUACUUUUCAAGAUAGCAGACCACCCCCCUUGAGAGCCAAGAGUGCAGACCUUGGUGCCAAGAAGUCCCUGGUGAUGGAUGCAGAUGACGAGGCAGUGCUGACCCUCAUCGCUGAGUGCGAGUGGGAUCUGAGUAACCCCCCGCGCAGCUGCAGCUCUGGCUCCAACCAGCGGGACCGUGAGACUGACUGCCACACCUCCCAUGAGAGCCGACACCUGCUGAGCCCUCAGUCACUACAGCUCCAGUGUGGGGAUGCUGGCAGGAAGGGCCAGGAGAGGAGGAAGAGCAGCCCCUGGGGGUUCUCUGUGGAGAAGAGGAGCCAGUUGUGUGGAGAGCGCCCCAUACAUCCCAGUGCUGAGCCUGAGGCCUUCGGACACGUACACUUCCCACCCCACACAGACCCCAGAGACACUGAGGACCUGAACACAUCCUCUCUGAAGUCCAGUCUGUCAUCACAGAAGCUGCCGAACCCCGGGCCUGCUCCUGACAAUUACAGAAAGCACAGAAUGCCCGGAGGAAGGUUCCAGGCUCCUAUGGACCAGGAGUGCCUGAGCUGCCCAGCAAGGACUGAAGGAGCCCUGAGCUCUGAGCAGAGCAGCACCGAGGGCAAGAAUGAGAGAAAGAGAUCGGAGGGGUUGGAGCUUGGUGAACCACAGUGUGGUGCCAGAGAGAUGGGGCCCAUUGCACACGUGGCUACACUCCCUGGCCUUCAAGGGGCACUGUUAGAGGCACUGCUGGACCUGGUAGACAGACACUGGACGGGCUGCCAUUCCCUCCAUAGCGACAAGGCCUUCCUGGCUCAGGCACAACAAGUCCUGGCCUCUGCCCAUGAGCUGGCCGCCCCUCUGGACAGCAGCCCCAUGGACCAGGAGCUAGAUGGGGACUUUCUGGCCGAGCAGCAGCAGCUUCACAACCUGAAGCUGGCCACGGUGGUGGCGGAGCUCAGCAGCACUCGCAAGGAGAGGGAUGACCUGAAGCAGCAUUUAGACAGAUCUUUGGAGGAGAAUACUAGUUUAAAAUCGCUUUUGUUCAAUAUGAAAAAAGAAGUAAAGAAUGCAGAGGCAUCAGCCACACUGAAUCUGCAGAUCACUGGACUCCAGACAAGUGUCCGGCGGCUCUCUGGGGAGCUGGUGGAGCUGAAGCAGCACCUGGAGCACUAUGACAAGAUCCAGGAGCUCAUCCAGAUGCUCCAGGAGAGCCACAGCUCCUUGGUGAGCACCAACGAGCACCUGCUGCAGGAGCUAGCCCAGGCACGGGCGCAGCAUCAGGCCGAGGUGGAGCAGCUGCACUGGAGCUACAAGGAGCUCAAGAAGACCCUGGCCCUGUUCCCAGCCACCGGCACACCCCUCAGCAGCUGUCCGUCCUGACCAUGGUGCUCGCCCUGCUUCCUCCCUUCCCUGCAGAGCACCUGCCCUUCUGAGACUAGCACUUUGUUGCCGUGGGUCAGCCAUGUAGAGUGAGCAGCAGCAUUUCCCUGCAUGCCUGCAUACAGAGGGAACUGUACCUGUUGCUACAAUCAUUUUUCUGUAAGGAGAAAUUAUUUAAUAAAAAUGUUAUCACACUGUUCUGAAAAGUGGCUCCUUUUAGGUUCGAGGUAAACUUGUCAUUGGAUUAUGAAACCAUUUGUUCUGACAAGCAGGAACAAGGAAGUUCCUGGACUUAGUAGAACGAUAGUCGUGGGAAUAUGAGAAACAGUUUGCAAGAUUAAAGCCCCCAGUGAA